GGAUGCGAAUUGGAUCAAGAUACCUGUGACAUAUUGGUGAGGUCCAUGGAGAUGCCAUUAUCCCAACUUAAGAUACUUGACUUGAGUUACAACCCCUUGACAGAUGCUGGAGUAGAGAACAUUUUUCAGGCACUUUUAAGCAAAAAGUGUGAGCUGGAAACGCUGAGGUUGUGUGCCUGUCACAUCACUAAGACGUCCUGUGUGACACUGGCCAAGGUCCUUCAGCAGUCGAGUCUCAGGGAACUGGACCUGAGUGGCAAUCUGUUAGGAGAUGAAGGAGUUAAGCUGGUCUGCACUGGACUAAUGAGUCCCCACUGUCGGUUAAACACACUGGGAUUGAAAGACUGCAAGCUCUAUAAAGGAUCAUGUGAGGCUUUGGCUCCUGUCUUGUGGUCUUUUUCGGAGCUGAAAGACUUAGACCUGUCCAACAACGACUUGCCAAACGCAGGACUGAGACGACUAUCGGUUGGAUUAAGGAAUCCCAGCUGCUCCCUUCGUGUCCUCAGGAUGUCUGGUUGCCAGAUCACAGAGAGAGGCUGUGCUUUGCUUGCCUCCGCUCUCAUCAGAAAUCCCCAUCAUCUUGAAGAGCUGGAUCUCAGCUACAAUCACCCCGAAGAGUCAGGAAUACAGCUGCUGUCUGCCAGACUGGAAGAUCCACACUGCCAUCUACAGAAGCUGAACAUUGAGCAUGUUGGGGAAAGGCACCUAAAAUGGGGUUUCAAGAAAUAUGCAGUAGACCUCAAAUUUGAUUGGAGUGACGGAGUAGACCUAUCUCAAGACAGAAAGAAAGCUACAAGAAGAAAUAUGGAGAUGUUCUACAGCCCAUUCGACUCAGGCGAUGACGAUAUGUCUAUUUUGCCAAAGUCCAACUUGCAAAACUCCCAGGUGGAAGUGCAGUGUUUCCCAAGUCUGUCGGGGGAACGCUUCUACUGGGAAGUGGAUUGGACUGGUAUGGUUUUCAUUGGUAUGAGACAAAGGUUGGGUUUCAACUCAUUUGAAAAGUAUUAUCUGGCUUGCAGCAGGGAUCAGUUAAUUGCUUUCCACAACAACCGGGUCAGUACAAAGUCGGUGUCACAUUUAAAGAAGCCAAAUCCAGACCCUCAGCGGAUCGGUGUGUAUCUGGACUGGCCAGCGGGUAUUUUGUCUUUCUACAGCGUCUCUUCGGGCGAGAGGACUUUCCUGCACACGUUUCACACCACAUUUAGCGCACCCGUUGUACCUUUCUUUUCCUUUGCAAAGCCACAUCCUUAUGAUGGCAUUGGUUCAGUCACUCUUCGUACAUUUUGAAUCUGUAAAUGAGGCAACUGCAUAGACCUAAAAGAAAUGGACAAACAGACUCCGUUGUUCUCGAUGGAAGGGGGCUGAAACAAAAUUCCGUUUACUUUCCGUCGUACUGCGCAGACUCGUACUCAGUUCGUGACGUUAGCCUGCUGUAACUCGUCUGAUAGAUCGAAAACCUCUGAAAUUGUUAACGUUCGUUUUUGAAUAUUAUUAUUAUGUGUACUUGCCUCUAGGUAAUGCUUUACCAUAUCAAACAGUAGGCUACUGUAGGCUACACGCAUUUUCACUGAUCUUGCGAAUGACUCUCCGUCAUGGUUUUCGUGCAGGCUCACUCAGCUUCUUAUCCAAACAUUACGGGCGAACGUUAGCUUCCCUACAACCGACAUGCUAAAAUACUUCUUUACGGGAAACCAACGUAAUAUACGGGGAAGAAGUGAAUUAAUUUUGCCUUCGAUACCCUAUAUAGAAUACACAGAAGCUAUAAGGGAGACAAAGGGCACAUGUUACAUGAAGUUAUGCGAUCGCAAAAAAAUCUGAAAUCUAUGGCCGUCCAAGGGAGUUAACAGAGCGUUGAUCACCAGCUCAUUUCGUGUUUCUACUUCCGGGAAUAUGCCUGCCCCCUUGGGCAACUGCACUGUGAACACAGCAGAAAAUAUGUACACAGAUGUGUCAUUUCCACAGAAUAGGCUAAGCCUUAUUAUAUGUACAGUACUUCCUCAUCACCGACAUUAAAAUGUGCGCUUUUUAAAUCAAAUGUAGUAGCUAUCAGAAUAUCAGAAAAUAUGUAUACAGAUGUGUAAUUUCUACAGAAUAAGCCUGAUCAUAUGCACUUCCAGGGUGAGUCCAGGGUUAAUCAAAUGUAGUAGCAGUAGUAGUAGUAGUAGGCUUGUAGUACUGUAGUAGCAGUAGUAGUAGUAGCAGCAGCGUAGGCAAAGGCCCUGCAUUAUUUUUUACUUUAGCACUGUUAUUAUAAGACUUUAAUCUGAGCAGUUAGUGUGACAGUUACUUCGACUGUUCUAAGAAAUAUGCUGAGUUGUUAAGUUAUCAUUAAGGGGUGAUAUUUAGUUUGCCAUAGCCAGACAUCGUAACAUGUUCUGAUCAGAAUCAAAACUCUUAUCAGUCUGGUAACAUGUAAUUUGGAUUAGAUUAUGGGCAUGUUUCAAGCUAGCCUGAAAGCCAGUCUAAAUUCACCAUGCCCCACAAAGUUUGAGGAUGUCAAAUGCCGUAAUCUUUUUCAUCUUUUGAUGAGACAUUUCAUUCAUUUUCUUGCUAUAUGGAUCAUACCUAUAUGAUGUGAUGAUGUUAUGAAUAAAGUGUGUUUUGAUUUUA